AGUAUAUAACGCAUUGCUUCGACCACACACUUAUCAAUAUCAUUCGACAAGAUUUAAAACUCUUACAAAAAUGCUUUCCAAAUUAAUUUUUCUUGUACUAUUGGUAGCGACAAUCCAAGCAUCUUCAGAAACUGUAACCUACAAGACGUUGUGUUUCAACGAAGAAUGUCCUCCUUUCACGGCGAAAUGCUACAAGGAUUUACUCUCUAGAACCCCCGGUGGUGCCAGGGUUAGCAUUGGGUGUCUAGACGAAAGUGGCAGGCGAUUGCACAAGCUCGAGCGAGACGAAGUUGUUCCCGUCGGUUCCGAGGUGCAGAGCUACGUCUACGAAAAACCUAAAAUAGGGCGUUGUUCCGGGCCAGGACGUUGCGUCGUUGAAGAAGACAGUGCAGGAUUAUUUAAAAAUUAGCCCAUCUUCUGUUGCAACAACUACUGUAUCGAAGACACAGACAUUAUGGAAAUAGUCACGUGUUGCCAAAAGCGUUACGAUUUUAAAUAAAUAAUAAAUAACAAAUAAAUUUGUUUAUAUUAUAUUGUACAUCCAAAUCUGGGU